AAACUACCUUUAAUUUCCAUCCUAAAUCCAACGUAACGCCAUGGCUAUCUCCAACACAAACCUCUUUCUCUUCUCUGUUCCUCUCCUUACCUUCACCAUUAUCUUCCUCAUGCAACUAAACAAGGCAAACUCAUCAGAUUCCCUUUCCUUCAGCUUCGACAACUUCAAUCAAGAAGAUGGAAGAAACCUAAUCUUCCAAGGUGAUUCAACCAUUUCACCAACGAAGAACACACUCCAUAUCACCAAGGUGAAUAGUCAAGGCAACCCAGCUCCAAACUCCCUUGGAAGAGUCUUGCAAUCAGCCGAACUACAGCUUUGGGACAAAGCUACAAACAGACUCUCAGAAUUUGAUUGUCAAUUCAGCUUCGUCCUCAAAUCCCCGGUUUCCGAACCGGCCGACGGCUUGACCUUCUUCAUCGCCCCCUCCAACACCACCGUACCGGGGCUUUCCCCCGGAGCUCUAUUAGGGAUCUUUGAUGCUCAUAGCCAUCUAAAUCCUUCUCUAAACCAAAUUGUUGCCGUUGAGUUCGACACCUUCUCCAAUUAUUGGGAUCCAAGUUACCCGCAUAUUGGAAUCGAUGUCAACACCAUUCAAUCCGUCAAGACUGUGCAAUGGGAGAGGAGAGAGGGUGAAACCGUAAAUGUAUUGGUUUCUUACACUUCUAGAUCUCGAAAGCUAGAGGUCAUUGCAAGUUACUCUAAUGGUCAACGAUUCGAGGUGUCUCAUGUCGUUGACCUAAGGGAUGUGCUUCCAGAAUGGGUUAGGGUUGGAUUCUCAGCUGCAACAGGAGCACAAUACCAAUCGCAUGAGAUUCUAUCAUGGUCUUUCACUUCAUCCUUGAACUACGUUCAAAUGGAAAUAAAAUGAGUAUCUUGCACGUGAUAUGCGAUCUACUGAAGAGAUUUCUAUAUAAUGAUAUGAAUCACAAUCAUCAUCAUGUGUUCCAUGUGUAUGAUGUUAUGCUAAUAAAGGACAGACAAGUGUACUGUUUUCCAGUUUCCAUGGUCUAGUUUUUCUGUACAUUAGGGUUUUCGUUGCUUCAUCAGAAGCAUGAUAUUCCCUAGCUAGUACUUUAUCAUUUCAUCAGAUGAAUAAAUUAAUUACUUCCAACCCCAGUUUUUUAUUUUUA